CCCAGACAUAUACCUCCUCAAAGCAAUAGAAAGAAAUCAGAAUGCUAGACCAUUUAUACCGCUUCACGCGAACCACCCCAGGUCUCGAAAAGACCCUCCGCCUCGUCCAAUCCGUCUGUGUGCUGGCCCUGCAAAUACCCACUCUGGAAAAUGAGUCCAUUUCGCGGUUCAACAUCGCCAAGACACAGUUUGCGUUGACGAGACGCUUCCUCCGGUUCUUCAACUUCAUCGACUGCUUCAAUCGGGCAUUUGCCUUGCUUGGGAGUACCUCCUCUGCUCAAGGCAAUAUCAUCAAGACGGUAAUCGAAAUAAGUAAAUGGUCCUGCUUUGGAUGUUAUUUCCUGUUGGAGGACUUGACUCUCUUACACGCAACAUCCAUCUAUCCAAACCCAUAUAAUGCAGCCAUAUUAACAGAAGCGAAUAAGUUCUGGUUCUAUGCGCUGGGGUUCUCUAUACUGGGAGCUGCUAAUGAUAUACUCUUUUCUUCGGCGUCCUCUGCGUCUAAGAUGAAGGAUGAGAAGAAGCAAGCACCCUCUAUCAACCGCUUCUCGCUUCUGAAGAAAAUGCUGUGCGUUGAUGCAUGUGAUAUGCUCAUUCCUGGGACCUUUCUGGGAUGGAUUGAAAUGGGCCAGUUGGGGGUGGGGAUUGGGAUGGUGGUUAGUACCCUUGUUUCGGGGUGGGAUAUGUGGAAUGCUGUUUGAUCUCCCGGGGGGAUUAGUUAGGGGCAUAUGAGCAUAUGAGAUGCAUUAAAAAGCAUAUCAUGAUGGGGUCAUAGUGGAGGGAACAUGUGGGAACUAGAGAUGCUGAUAACCUAUAUAUCUCCUACCCACCAACCCACUCCUCCCACCUCUCCUCCCCAAUAUCAGGAACCGCCAUAUCCCGGAACAAACUGUUAAACAGCGCCACAUCGACACCCUGCAAAUCCCACCCUUCACCACCACCACCACCACCAUCACCUUCCCCUAUGUCGUUCUCCUCACUCCUCUCAAAGCCAAUCGUCC